AGGGAAACUAUUUAGUAUAUUGUGACCUCAAGGUGUUUUCGUAUGACGUCAUUAGAAAAUAUUGCCUUCAAAUAUGGCGGAGACUGAGCUGAAUGUUGACAGCCUAAUCAGCCGACUUUUGGAAGUGAGAGGAUGUCGCCCAGGCAAGAUUGUACAGAUGACAGAGGCAGAAGUGAGAGGGCUUUGCCUCAAAUCAAGAGAAAUAUUCCUUCAGCAGCCAAUAUUAUUGGAACUGGAAGCGCCACUUAAAAUAUGUGGGGAUAUUCACGGCCAGUACACAGACCUGAUGCGCUUGUUCGAGUACGGUGGUUUCCCUCCAGAAGCCAAUUAUUUAUUCCUGGGUGAUUAUGUGGACAGAGGGAAGCAGUCACUAGAGACAAUCUGCUUGCUGCUUGCCUACAAAAUCAAAUACCCGGAGAAUUUCUUCCUUCUCAGAGGGAAUCAUGAAUGUGCCAGCAUCAACAGAAUCUACGGCUUUUAUGAUGAAUGCAAAAGACGGUAUAAUGUUAAGUUAUGGAAAACAUUUACAGACUGCUUCAACUGUUUACCAAUUGCUGCUAUUAUUGAUGAGAAAAUUUUCUGCUGUCAUGGAGGUCUUUCACCAGACUUACAAUCCAUGGAGCAGAUUCGUAGGAUAAUGCGGCCCACAGAUGUUCCAGACACAGGUCUUUUAUGUGACCUACUGUGGUCAGAUCCAGACAAGGAUGUGCAGGGUUGGGGCGAGAAUGACCGCGGUGUGUCUUUCACCUUUGGGGGUGACGUUGUGAACAAGUUCCUCAACAGACAUGACUUGGACUUGAUAUGUAGGGCUCAUCAGGUUGUGGAAGAUGGCUAUGAAUUCUUUGCCAAACGACAGCUGGUAACAUUAUUUUCUGCACCCAACUACUGUGGAGAGUUUGACAAUGCAGGAGGGAUGAUGUCGGUCGAUGAAACGCUCAUGUGCUCCUUUCAGAUCCUUAAACCUUCGGAGAAAAAAGCCAAGUACCAGUAUGGUGGCAUGUAUUCUGGUCGACCCAUCACACCACCUCGUGGUCCUCCCAAGAAGAAUUAACAGACCCUCUAAGCUGUUGUGAAAAGCCUCGUUCUAAUAUUCACUGGUGUCACAAGCUUGAUACGCUUCUCUACAAGUCCUGUUGUUCUGCACCUUGUGGUUAUACUACAAGGAUACAUGUGUUUGAGCCUUGUUACAGGAAGACUGGGCUCAAGGCUUGUGCAUAAAGUGUUGUCCCAGAUAAGCUUUUGUUGUCCACACAUGCUUAUCAGGGACAAUACCUUUCGCUGUUAUGGAAUUUUUUGUUAACUGGAAAACUGCACAGGCUAAUUUCGGACUACACUUUACGCACUGGCAUAAAGCCCAGUUGUCCCAGAACCAGACUCAUUUGACAAGGGUUCAUAUAUUUCUAGAAUACAAACUUCUCCUAUUGGUCUGAUUCAUUGUGUUUUCAAUCUCUUGUGCUGAAAAAUCAUGUUCUCAGAAUUAAAUGUCAGUAAUUGAACCUGUCAUUAUCCUUAUCCUUUACCAUAGGAAUACUGGUGGAAGUUCACCGAUCCAUUUCAUUGAUUAAACAUAUUUUCCAGAUGUAUGGAAGUAGUUAAAUCAUUAGGCAAUAUGACUGGCCUUCUGAAUGAGAAUUUGGUUUUACAACGUUUGUGUGAAAUAGAUUGUAACAACAGCUGUGAAAUUUAGUCAGUUUAUGUUUUUUAACCAGGUUUUCCGAAGGAAAAAACUGGUUAUUAGAUUGGCGAAUGCGGGCGGGCUGGCUGGCUGGCUGGCUGGCGGGCGGGCUGGCGGAAUAAGCUUGUCCGGGCCAUAACUAUGUCGUUCAUUGUCAGAUUUUAAAAUCAUUUGGCACAUUUGUUCACCAUCAUUAAUCGGUGUGUCGCGCGAAAUAAUUACGUCGAUAUCUCCAAGGUCAAGGUCACACUUUGAGUUCAAAGGUCAAAAAUGGCCAUAAAUGAGCUUGUCCGAGCCAUAACUAUGUCGUUCAUCGUCAGAUUUUAAAAUCAUUUGGCACAUUUGUUCACCAUCAUUGGACGGUGUGUCGCGCGAAAUAAUUACGUCGAUAUCUCCAAGGUCAAGGUCACACUUUGAGUUCAAAGGUCAAAAAUGGCCAUAAAUGAGCUUGUCCGAGCCAUAACUAUGUCGUUCAUCGUCAGAUUUUAAAAUCAUUUGGCACAUUUGUUCACCAUCAUGGGACGGUGUGUCCCACGAAAGAAUCACGUCAAUAUCUCCAAUGUCAAGGUCGCCACGACGAAAAAUAGAUUUAAAAAAAAAAAAACUUACAAAGGGGGUUAAUUUUUUUUGGUCAUUUCAAAAGUUCAGUUUGAGUUUUCUCCCUUUAUCCGAUUUUUUUUUCACAAUGAAAACCUGGUUUUGUAACAAUUUUGUCCCUUGUUUAUAAAAUAUUUUUACAAAUUACCAUUCAAAGUAUGAGGCAUAUAUUAUAUAACACAUUGCUAUACCCAGUUGAUCUUAAAAACGGGGUCACACAUUAUUUAUAUAAUAUGCUGCACUAUCUCAUUGGUAUUUGGUUUAUUGAUUAGGCUUAUCUGUGACAACACAUUACGCACAUGCAUUAAGCCCCAUCUUCCCAGAGGAUGGAUCGAUAGUAUUUGUGAAACAAUAAAUUGCGCAAUCUUUUGAGUGGGCAUGUUUGACCUUUACGCUUUAACCAGUUGAUUGCUAAUAGUUAAAAUAUGUGUUCAUGUUAACAGCUGUUUUUUCUAAGAAAGCCAAAUGUAAAAUUAAGACUUUGUUUUAAACUGUCAAUGUUUGUUUAAUUGUUGCAUUAUGAUGUACAUGUAUAGAGAAUUAGAAAAGUUGUAGCUUUCAUAUUCAUGCUAAAUAUUGCUCAUUAAGUAUGAGAAAUAGAUCUUAAUUUCAGUAUUGUCUAGUUGUGAUUAUGUUCAUGGGUUCAACUGCUUUUCGCUUUGUACAACAUUGUUGUGUCGAUUUCCUAAAUGCGCUGUUAAACUGAUGACAAAAUGCUUUAAAACUGAUAAUGUUUAGUUUUGUUGUCCAUAUACAGAAUUAUAUUGAUUGUUUGUAAUAAUCAACAAUCUAAACUAAUAAGAUGCUCCUGUCAGAUGUAUGAUUUUAAGAACAUAUACAAACGUGCAAUCACACCUGGUGGACAUAAUGAUGUUCAGGUGAUAACAAAUGUUUAUCAUAUCCUUUGCAGAAAAGUAGAUAAAUAAUCUGCCCACUCUUGCACUAUACACCCUGAAAAAAAGUUGAGAUACCAUUUUGAUAAUUUUUAUAUUAAGUAAAUACCUUCAAUAUCCUCCCACACAUGUUUAACUGAUAAGUUUUAACAUGUCACAAGUUUUAACAUGUCAAAUACAUAUAAAAUCAAAGGAUAUUAUUAUAAUUGCUAACUUCAAAAAUAUUGUUAAAGAUAAUUGUAUUUUAACUUUUCUUUCGCCUCCUGGAAACACAAAUAGAAGUGAAAGAAUCCAUUAAAACACUCUUCUAUAAUUUAUUUAUUUAUUCAUAUGCAAUAAAACAACAUACAUAUGUUUCUAAUUUUACUAGAAAGAGCUUGUUUCACAAAGAUGUGAGUAAAACGCUGGUACCUCCUGGUUUUCAAUUUUUUCUUCAAUUAAUUUUACCUCAAACCCUUUAUUCUUUAAUGUCAUUUCACUUGUAGUGGCAUUUUAGAUAAAUUAAAGCCUGUGUCCAUGGAACAUAAUUUAAUACAUGCUUAUAUGGCAUCAGUUCUAAUGAAGGAGAAGUGAUUUUAUAUCACUAAAAACUAUUUCGUUUGUAAGAAAUGCAUGUUAUUAUGUUUUGCUAUAAAGCUCGCGGUGAGCAUAGAAUUUAUGAUGUAUGAUUUACAUGGUAUGCAAGUAGUGUAGUUUAUGGCUUUAGUACAGAGGCGUUUCAUGCUAUGGCAUGAACAAAAUUGACGUAAUAAAUGCUCAUCCUAUCUUUAUUAGUAAUGCAAGGGGUACUUAAGGAGGUUUUAAAUAGUUUUGAUCAUAAGAUUGCUGCAAAAUAACUUUUUUUUUAUUAUUUGGAGAUUGCGAUUUUGUAGAUCUGACAUUUGUCAUAGUGAUUUAUGACUUGCUCCUUGAUAAUGUUUUUAGUAUUGUAUAGCCACAUCAACAGUUGUAGGAAUAUACCAUUUUCUUUAUCUAUACAAUGAUUUUUAUGCCAGUGUUUGCAGAGGAUAGCAGUUGCCCACUUCUGUGAACCUUAACCAUGGUUGUAUUUAUUAUGUAUUUGUUAUGACUUGUGUUUUUUUUAUGAAGUUUACUUUUAUUUUGUGUUUUUUUUUUCUUAGCGUUAUACAUGUAUAUGGUAAGUGAAAUAGCAAAAGACUUUACUGGCAAAAAAGAUCAGUACAAAAGACAAACAUUUGAGUCUGGCUCUGAGAAAACAGGGCUUUAUACAUGUGCCGUCCCAGAUAAGCCUAGCAGUCUGCCUAGGUUUAUCAGGAACCUAGACAGGAUUUUUGUUUAGAAGAGACUUCCAUUAAAAGAAAAAUUUGAUUAAUGCUGAAAUUGUGGUUCAUGAUUAGCCAGUGCAGACAGCACAUGCUAAUCUUGGACGACAUUUAACUCACAUGCAUUAAGCCCAGUUUUCUGGGAACGAGGCUCAUUUGUAUUAUAUAUUACACUUGUGUUGAUUGGAAUAUGCCUGGACAUAUAGUUGCUAAAUGUAUGUAUCUGUUUCCGUAAUUUAGUUAUACACUACAAUUCUUCUCUAUCAUGUAGCUUUUGAUAUAUAGUGCAUUUUCGAUGUUCUUCCUUCAUUUAAAUGUACAAUGUAAAUGUGAUAUACACAUAUCUUAUGCAAGUGAAUUCUUUUUCAUUUCUUAGUGUUGAGCUCUGCCUUCCAACGUGUUGUUAUUUAUGGCAUUGUACAUGUAUAUUCUUUCACAAAAAUAAUAAUGUAAAAAAUGAAACACAUUUGAUGUUAAAAGUCACGAUAACUAGUUUCUAAUUGUGUUUAGAUUAUGGGUAUGUUUACCAUGUUUAUGUACUUCAAGCCAUAUGCUAACAUGUGUAACUUUAUCUUUUUCAGCCAAGUUUUUGUGGACUAAUGUUCAAAUCUUGCGCUCAAUAUGUUUUCCUUUAAUUGAUUUAAAUCAUGAAAAAGAAAAAUGUAGAAAAAUACACACUUACGUUUGAGUUUUAUGAAUGAAUACUUUUUUGUACAUAAAUGCAUUUAAUUUAUCAAAAAAUAUAUGCAUUUAAUUGUA